UAUUUUUGAAACUAUGUGCCCUGGGAAAUUUAGUGUGUGUUUUUGUAGCUGAAACGGUUUGGGUUUACGUAUGGGACGGCAGGUUGUGUUCUACUGACUGCAAUUGUAUAAGUAAAAAUACGCACCAAUUCAUUUAGGGAAAAGCGAGCGGGCACUGCUCUUCCAAAACACGAGGUGGCGCUCUCCAAUUUUUCAAACAUUACAUUUUGCAUGUCUACAUCUUGACGGAAGUCGUUGCUAACGACUUCUUUUGCGAAGGGUGUUUUGGUCGUGUGUGUAGUUUAUUUAAACGUAUCGCAGUGUUUGGGAAGAUAAAGAUUUCGGAGAGGAUAUGUACUUCCACAUAUUAAUAAUCAUUUAGUGUUUGAGGCCAAAUGGACAGACCGCCACCAUUUCAUCAUUUUUCUGGUAGACCCCCGCAACAGUCGUUAAUUAAUCCAGGAUUUUCGGAGGGGGCAGCUAGCUUCUCCAACCCGAGGAGUGGAAGUUUUCCCAGGGCAACCCAUGCCCUGGGAUACGGGCCAUCUGAUUUUGAAGCUUUUCAGGGCUCGGAACAAAUGAACCAAGGGACACUGCAAAGCAGCGGAGUGGUUGCGGGUUUUUGGUCUGGGCAAAAUGCGUUCCGGCAGUCUCAGCCCCCACCCGAGCACAUUACGCCUGGAAAUCAAAGAUUCAGCGCAGUUCAGGCGGAAUGGUCAGCCUUCCCACCUGCCCUGGAUUCUGGCAGGCAAGAGCAGACAUACAAAUACCAGUUCUCCCAGUCCCAGGGUUACAGUGGUGCCGCACCAGACCUCGGGCCCCGGGUCAACGACUUCGACUUAGCGAGACCUCCGCCUUUACCCGGCUUGGCACCGGAUCAUUUUCGCAGCAGGCUUGAGGAUGAGUCGAAGCGCGGUGCCGCUGGCGGGCCACACACGGAGCGGGACUACAGGCCACAGCUGGCCUUCACACAGAGGCCCGGACACCCGUGGCAGCCGAACCCAGAAACCUCUCAUUUUGACAGGAUCUGCGAAGACCCCCCUCUCUCUUAUUCUCACGCAAGACCGCCACAAGCUCAGCACGGUUCGUCGCUGACGGAUACCUCCGGUCUGAGCUGCCAGAGACCAAAUGACCCCCAGAACAGACUUUCUCAAAACGCGUCGCGGCCGGACCGCAACCCGUCUGGACAUUACAGCGGAACGCAGGGAGAGCAGUAUCGGAGCGGACGGGAUCCGGCCGUCUUUGAGAGAGCUGAGGGGGGCUACGCAAGGGGUUUCGAAGCACCGGCUGAUGCCGAAAGCAGACAAAGACAGCAAGAUGAGCAAUGGAUUGCACGGUUUUUGACAAAAAGGAGAAACGUGACGAAAAAGGACCCGGUGCGUGCAGGAAGCGGCUGUUCUGUUGGGGAGUUUAAAGAAGUUCUGUACAGCGCGGCUCGGCUCGUCUCGGAUUUAUCCCUGGCUUGCCGCUUGCUCAAAGAAAAUGUGGAGAACGAGAGCUUCUGGUCCGAGUCGUACGCCAGAGCCCUGGAGAUGAAAGCCGAGCUUCAGGAGAAAUUACAUCUUCUAACCGAUUCAGCCCGCAUCGAGAGAGUCAAGAGGAAGCUGGCGACGAUCAGUAAAAAAAGAAGCAGGCAGCGGCAGAAAAGCCGAGAGCGACUGGUGGAGAAGCAGGAGGAGGAAGCAAGAGCCGCCGAGAGGGAGGCGGCCAUAGACAAAUGGAGAAUGAAGCGCAUCCAGGAGGUUGAAGAGAAAAAGAGGGAGCAGGAGCUGAAGGCGGCAGCAGACAGUGUGCUCUCCGAAGUGAGAAAGAAACAGGCAGACUGCAAGAGAAUGGUGGACAUUCUGCGCUCCCUGGAAAAACUGCGCAAACUGAGGAAGGAGGCGGCGGCCAGGAAAGGAAUAUAUCCCGAGAAGGAAGCGGACGAGGUUUUCGAGGGGCACCUGGCCAGGCUGCGGGCUCUGAUCAGGAAGCGCACGGCGGUGUACGGCGCGGAGGAGAAGGCCCUGAGGGUCAUGCUGGAGGGGGAGCAAGAGGAGGAGCGCAAGAGGGAGCAGGAGAAGCGGCAGAAAAAGGAGAAGGAGAAGCUUCUGCAACGGAAGCGGGAGGUGGAGGCCAUGCUGUUUGGAGAGUCAGAAAGAAGAAUGAACUGUCUGGAGGAAGUUCCUUUUAAGAUCCCAGCUGGGUCUUUGGAUGAGCCACUGGAAGAGGUGCAGUUAGUUUCUGCCCCUGAACUCAACAUCCCAGAUGACAUUCAAAUCCUGCAGCAAACCCAGUACGACUUCGGUUUGGAGCGCUGGGUCCUGCAGGGGCUGCAGAAUGACCAUCUGGGCGGCCCCUGCCCUCCCUGCGAGACUCAGCCCUCCUGCCCGCCGUACUGGCUGAUGCUGAGCCGCCGGAGGAGCGAGCCGGGGUCCCCCGCCCCCCGCCAGCGGAGCCACAGCCUGAGCGCCGCCGACAUCAGGUGCCUGCACCCCCGGGUGAAGUUCAUCAUCUCGGACUCCGAGGGCGACGACGGCUACUCGGAGGACGACGAGGACUCCUCCUCGGACGGGGACCGCCCCCUGAGGCCCUCGUGCGCGACGGAGCCCCGCCGCGGCUCCUCGCUCCUGCGGCUGCAGCUCCCGGGCCUGAGGGACUUCCGCCCCGGCUCGUCUCCGCACCUCCCUAACCUGCCCUCUCCCGGCCUCGCGGCCAGGCAGAGGAAGAGCUCCUUGACCUCCUGCUCCUCCUCGUCCUCCUGUCUCGACCCCAGGCAGUCCCCGGGCCCGGGCCUGGGCCUGGACCGGCGGAGGGUGGGCAGCCCUCAGUGCCAGUGCCAGGGCCAGAGGCGGCCGAAGAGGAGGCUGCACCCGCUGGGCCAGGUCGGCCGAAACUACUCCCUCACUCCACAGCCGCCUUCCUCGCCCCCCUCCGCGCACCUCCAGCCCCGGCCGUCCACGGCGGGCCACGUGCCCACCAUCAGGAGCCACAAGCCGACGCUGGCGUCCCUGAGCCCCUACUCCUGCCUCCCGCCCCCUCCUUCGGUGGCUCGACCCCUGAGUUCCCACAGAGCCAUCCCAGACUCCUCUGCAGAGCUGCUCUCAGCGCUCAGCCCCGAGGAGCAGGAGCUGCUGGAAGCCAUCACUGACCAGGGCUACUCCCUGCGCCGAGCCAUCUGGGCCCUGCAGAAGACAGGCCGGCAGAGCCUGGAACAGGUCUUGAAUUACCUGGUGGCCUGUGACCGGCUGUGCAAACAUGGCUUUGAAGAAGCGCAGGUCGAGGAAGCCUUGGAGAUGUUCCAGAACUGUGAGACAAAGGCUGCGGAGUUCCUGCACUUAUUGGCUCAGUUUAACGAGAUGGGCUUCCAGCAAAACGCAAUCAAGGAGGUUCUGCUAGUCCACGGGAACCAUAGGGAGACGGCGCUGGAAGAGCUGAUGACGCGCGUGGAGUGAGGAGGGCACACCGGUCACCUGUACAUGUCUUAAACACGCUGCGCACUUAGCGUCUUUAUUCACCGACAUUCUUCUACUCAGGCAUUUUACCGACAUCUUUGUCCUUGUUUACGAAGGUGGAUUCAAGUACUCAAGUCUAACAAUGUUGCUGAAUUUUAACCUUUUUGUUUUGCCUUUUUGCAAAGACGUCCUACCUAGUUCGUUGGCUGUUAUUUGAAAAUCUUGCGACUUGUGUUUGUGGCUGAUAACUCCAUCUUUCUGGAUGUGAACCUAUCUUGGAAUUACAAUCCACACCACUAUAUAUGCAUCUGGUGUAUUUCUGGUGAAUUAGAAAUCAUUCUUUUCCAAGCAAGAAAAUAUGUGGUUUGAAGUUAUUUUGUUUUAAUGAACCUCAGAAAAAUGUUUAUUAAAACAAUAUUUUUGUUUUUCUUUGUGAUGUUUGGCUACUGGGUUCUUUAACAUUUCCCAUGUGAUGACACACAAGCUCCGGUUUUAGUGCGCUUGCAAAAAUGUUGAUCCUCUGGCACACUGUACCCUUCUGUGGUUCUUGCACUGGAGAAUUGUGUGAGGAUGGGCUGUAUUCAAACGAGAGGUGAACUGGGAACCAAACCAAGUUUUAUUUAAUUGUCAGAGUGACAAGGGACAUCAAAAGGAGGAAUGAACUUGGCAUCUGUUAGAGAUUCUUAUCUUGCGAUGAUAGACUAGGUAUGUAUGAGGAUGAUAAAAUUUGUGAUGGCUUUUCUUUUAUCAACCUUCAAUUAAUAAAACCCAUAUUAGUGUUGCA